ACGAUCAGUUGCCAAGACCUCUGAGACGAUGCACCCGUAUGUGAUCAUCUGUGGAGUAUUUCACCUGUCAGCUGUGAUCCAGUCAGAAAUCGUCAGACAGGACACCGGAGUGAUCACCGUCUCUGUCGGGGAUAAUGUGACUUUACAUUGCUUCUACAAAAGCCAAGUGGCGAUGCACUUCUCCUGGUACCGACAGCUGCUAGGAAGAAAACCAGAGCUCCUGUUCACUAUUUACAAAUUUGGUGAUCCCUCGAAAGUCUUCCCCUGGCUGGAGAAAAACCCUCGUUUCUCUCUGCAGAGGAAGGAAGGGACGAAUCAUUUACACAUCUCCGACAUCCACCUCUCAGAUUCAGCCACUUACUACUGUGGGAGCUCACAUUCCAACAUGGUGGAAUUUGGAGAAGGAGUCUUUCUGAGUGUUGGAGGAGACAAGCACCAGGGAAUUAUCCAGACACCAGCAUCCAAGACCAUCCAGCCAGGAGGCUCUGUGACUCUCAACUGCACAGUAAAAACUGGGUCCUGUGAUGGAGAACACAGCGUUUUCUGGUUCAGACGUGGAUCUCGCCAAGGAUUCCUUCAUACACACAGGGAUCAGUGCAAACCAUCGUCUCCUUCACCCAGCUGUGUCUACCAUCUGCAGAAGACAAACCUGAGCUCCGUGGACACUGGGACCUACUACUGUGCUGUGGCCUCCUGUGGGGAGAUCCUGUUCGGAAAUGGAACUGAGCUGAUGAUCAGUGAUGAAGUUAAGGACCAAGAGGCCCAGAUCAGAAUCUUGGUCUGGCUGUCUAUCAUUAGAGUGGGGAUUCUCUUGUUCUUUCUAACAAUUUCUUUCUUUUUUGUUGUCGUUAAGACCUGCUGAAGUAGCCACAGAUGUAAAAUAUCAACCCAGAUUACACAACUGCCAUAUUACACUUUGCUUUAUUAAAUUGUGCUUUUCUGACAGAGCCUUUGUUCUGUGAUGUUUGUUGCAUACGACGUGAGGUUGAAAAACC